GAUUUAAAGCAGUAAGAUAACAUCAUGUCCUGGUCAGGAGGAUAUGAGAAUCAGUUUGGGACACAGAACACAUGGCCUGAUGGUACUACUAUUACUGGAAGGAAUGCAAAUCAAGGAAAUAAUGCCACAGUUCGAAGGACUAUGCUCAGAGAACUUUCACCAGGAAUGCCUAAUACGGUCUUGGUUGGUGUUGUAAUAACUAAGCAAAGUGUGAGAUCUUUUCCAAGCAAAAAAAAUAUUGGAACUGAAAAUUUCUUGAUGAGCUUUACACUUAGAGAUACUCCUACUGAAUUUAUAAAUGCAACAUGUUGGGGUAAUGAAAGACACAUUAGAGAAUUAAGUAAUACAUUUAAAAUUGGUGACAUUAUUGAAGUUCAGAAUCCUCAUGUUCAGAGCAAGCCCCCUGGUGAACUAGCUGACAAAUAUGGGCCAUGGACUCCUUUAGGUGUAGAAAUAAAUAUCAGUGAAACUCGUUCAACAGUUGUCCACUACAGUGGGUGGGAUUUUGCUAAUUUUAACUCAAUUCAACAUAUACCAGUCAAAGAAAGCAAUGAUUACUAUACACUUGCUGAUGUUAUUACUAAUGGACAGAAUUUACAUGGACAACAUAUCAACCUUUUAGCUUUAGUGAGAGAGAUGGGAAUACCUAAGGAUUUGGUGACCAAAACAGGAAGACAAACAAAAAGAUGUGAAAUAAAACUGCUUGAUGAAACAUGUCCAUUGUUUACACUUAUGUUUUGGGAUGAAGAAAAUAUUGAAUAUGCCCAAACAUGGAAUGUCAAAGAUACAGUGAUAUUUGCUGCUGAUGUUAGAGUAUCUUUUGAUGAUUUCAGGAAAACUAUGAUAGCCACUGUAGAUUCAAAAACUAUCUUCACAGUAAAUCCAGAUACUAGAGAAGCUCAUUCUUUAUAUACCUAUGGAAAAACUUACAAUUUUGAAGAAGAAAACUUGAAUGAAGGAUCAUCAGCUGGAAAGGACCCUGAGUUUGAAGUGUUACUUAAUUUAAUGAGUUUGAAUAUGAACUAUCUUCUUACAUUGUGCAUUAUAUUUUUUUUUUCUACUCUAGUGGCAAAUAUAACUGAUGUAUAUACUAUUCAACAAGUUAAAAAUAAGUUUGCUACCAAAUCAGAAUUCAACAUAGCUCCAGAAUAUGGCAUAAUCUAUGCAUUAAUAUCAUCCAUGAAUAUUGACGCUGGCAUCAGUACUGCUGUAUCAGUGAAAUGUUCACAGUGUAAAUUUCGGAUUGAUAGAGCAACUGGUGGUUGUAAAAACCGUGAAUGUCCUGCAUCUGUUACUGGUGAUGUGACUACACUGAUGUCAUAUGAUGUUCUACUCUCAGUUUCUGACCAUACUGGAACAUAUCACAAUUGUAGAUUAAGUGGCAGUGUUGCUGAAAUGAUGUUUGGCUAUCCAAUUUUCCAACCACAUUUUGACAAUCAAAAACCUAUACUGCGAAUUCUGUCAUGCAACCUGGCUGACCCUUAUGAGGCUGUCAAGUAUAUUCAAUAA